UCAAGAGAUGAUGAAGACCCAUUGGAGGCUCAAGUGGGACAUAUUCCUCAGUUUCCAAAGAGAAACAAGCCACAGUUUCACGGAUCGUCUCAAUGAAGUGCUCAUCAAGGAACAUGUCCGGGUAUGGAAAUGUCAAGUGAAACGCAAGAAUCAGGUGCUCGGUCCAAGUCUCGUGGAGGCUAUUGAAGAUUCGGUGGCGUUCAUCGUCGUCCUAUCCCCUGAUUACGCUAAGUCUCACUGGUGUCUUAAAAAAUUAGCCAAGCUCUGCGAUCUGAGAUCACUGGGUCGUCCAAUAUUACCAAUCUUUUAUGAGGUUGAUCCAUGGAGUUUUCGGAGACAGUGUCCUUUCGAUAUGGAUUUUGAGGAGCACUCGAAAAAAUUUGGGGAGGAGGAGAUACAACGAUGGAGGGAAGCCAUGAAAAUAGUGGGGAAUAUCUCCGGAUAUGUGUAAUCAGGUAUGAGUACUCCAAUGUUUUCAUCUCUAAUCAUAUUCCUCUUCAUUUUAUAAUCUUUUUGAUUCCAA